GUUGAAUGUAAUAUAUUUGAUAUAGUCAGCUUUCUUACUGUACACUGUACAGUGUAGCCUUAUGUAUUAUUAAUUAAUGAUCUGUGCCUGUGUGUUUGAUAUUGUAUAUUGUUAUAAUAUAUGAAAAGGUAACUGGUUGUUGUAGUGAACACACUGGUAAGCACGCACACAUGCACACGUUUUAGAGAGCUUUAGUUGUUCUGUUAGUGGGGUCUUGUGAUCUGGCAAUAAAAAUUGGAUGUUUUGAAUGAGUUACGUAUUGCUAUCCUCUGCUCAUACUAUUAGGGUAUACACUAAAAUCUAGAAGAGCACUGAUAAUUUGAUGACUAUCUAGUUGCCGAGUCGGUGGACACUGUUGGGUAGAUAUUCUGAAACCCAUUUAACUUUAAUCUAGUAUAUUUAGACCAUUGGCAAAUAAUUCUAGAAUUAUUGUAAGACCUGGUAUGCAGCUGUAUCACUAGGUAGGGUUGUAACAUCUAGAUCAAUUUGUUGGCAAAACGCUUGUUCUUAUUUACAGUUUAUUUAAUUAGAAAUGUUCGAAUGUUGGAGGCUCUAAAGGGAGGAACUCAUAUUCGAAUCACCACAUAUUCAAUAUGGCGUCGUAAGCGAUCAUUUGUGACCGCGCUGAAUGAUGUUGUUGCUACUGGAAGCAGCAGUUCUACUGUACAUAUUCCGGGACAAGUGUCACUUAAAGUGAAAGGAAAACUUUUUCGAUUUCUAGUGGAUGGUCAGGGACAGGUACACAACAGAAAAUUGAUGAAUGCAAUAAUCGCAGCUCGCAGACAGUGGUGACAUGUAUAGUUCUUGUCUAGACUAGAGACAUAAUAUUGUUUUUAUCCUCUAAUACUGUACACUGUAUAAUGUAUGAGUGCACAUUGCAUCAAAAAGGGCUAACCUGUGUUUGGGAUUGCGAGGCUGAUUGCUGUAGUCGUUCCCGGAUGUCUAACAUGAUUCGAGCUAUCUUGCAUAUUCUCGUUAUCUUUGCGUCUUUCAACACUGUUUUCAAUGCGCGUGGAUACGACGAGUCUGAGGAUAAAUCUGAUGAGUACAUAGAACAAGAUAGUCACUUAGGCGUACCAGAUGUCAUUUUUGUUGGUGUGCAUGGAGAUUACAAACUGCACAUCAAUGGCGAGCUGCAGAAACAAGAGCCAAAACCGGGAAGCACAGUCGUCUAUAUGGUUCCCUACAAGCAAUCCCAUUUGAUAGCUGUUGAGCUAAAAAUGUCAAUGAGAGGCCAAAGUCAAGAGAUCUACCAAGAGGCCGGACUCAUUGCUUCAAUUGAAACAGUCAUUCCAAGUGUUGUAUCGGUUAGUAAUUCUAGAUGGAGAUGCACCAACAAAAGACUAAAUCUAAUUGAUAGCUUUGGGAAAGAAUGGAUUGACAAUGACUUCAUUGACUCUGCAUGGUCACCAGCUGAAGAGUUAGCAGCCAAUGGGGAAAUGCCAUUUGGUGUUGCAGUGGAUGUGACCAGCCAAGCGAAAUGGAUAUGGGCCGAUGUACCAGCAAGCAAGGUCUACUGCAGAGGAUGGUUGUCAGCAGCUCCUGACACACUGCAUAUUGCUGCACACGGUCAAAUCAAAGUUUAUGCUGAUAACAUGUUGUUAGGAUUUGGCAAUAAAAGUGGAGAGAAAUACACCUUUGUGAUGCCCUCUGCUCCUCUCCAUUUAGUUGCUAUAGAAGUCAAAGGAGACAAGAAGAUGCAGCGCCGUGGUGUGCUGGCAUCCCUACAGAUGCCUGCCCAUCCAAAUGGUGUAUCAGGAGAUCUCUGGAAAUGUAUAACUGCCAAGAACGUUCGUAACAAUGGAAAACAACAAGUUCAUGAUUGGUCCAGUGUAGUGUAUGAUGAUAGUGAGUGGCCAGCAGUAAAAGUUGUUGGAAAACAUGGAGACCCACCGUGGGGUUUCAAACUGGAAGUAAGUCGACAUUCCAGCUGGGUAUGGACAAAAGACAACUCUGAUAAGAUUUAUUGCAGAGCCAGAAUGACAUCUGAAUUUGGAAGUGAUAAGGCUGAGUCGGAUGGAGAGGAAGAUAGACAGGAAGAGAGAAGGCAGCCUUUACCAAAGGGACAAGAAAAAAGUCGACCUCUACUUCCAAUGAAUAAGAGGCCACCAGUAGAAACAAUUGUCACAAUUGAUGCAUCAGAACUAACCAUUCAGAACUUUUUUCAGAAGUUUGUUGCCACCAGCACUCCAGUAGUUAUCAAAAAUGGAAUGAAAGACUGGCCUGCUCUCCGCAAAUGGACAGACAAAUACUUGACAUCAGUGGUUGGUGAUCAUCCGAGCACAAUCACAUACUCUAAUUCCACGGUUUUCCAUUUCUAUGGUCAAAAGAGAGAAUUUAAAGAAAAAACUAUAGGAGACUUUCUUAAGGAAUUCAGUGCUACCAACAGACAAGGAAAUCUGUACAUGGCUCAGCAGCCAAUCAUGAAGGAGCUCCCAGAACUAGAAUCAGAUAUACGUCGCCCAAAGUUUUCUGAUAUCUUGAAAUUGCAAGAUGUUUAUCUGUGGAUGGGUGCUGGAGAUCAAGUAACUCCUGCUCAUUUUGAUAAUUCAGAGAAUAUACUGUGCAUGGUUGCUGGACGCAAAAAAUUGCGGCUCUACCAUCCAUCAAUGAGUCCAUUUCUUUAUGCUGAAGUGCAGAACAGGUACACAGCUAUAACAAGUGCUGUUUUCAAUCUAACCCAUGUCGACUACAAUAAAUUUCCUGACUUUCAACAUGCGAAGCAUGUCUUUGUAGAGAUCAAGAAAGGAGACAUGCUUUUCCUUCCUGCUUACUGGUGGCAUGAGGUCACUUCAUAUGACCGCAACAUUGCAAUCAACUGGUGGUUUGACGCACACAGUGACACAAUGAAUCAAUUCUUUGAGCACUGGGUCGCAAAACUCCCACAAACAAAGUGGGGAAAACAAGAUGAAGACUUCCGACGGUAUGAAAUAGAGCUUGCCAAGGAAGAGGGUCAAGAAAUACCAGGACAAGAAUCAUGGAGAGAUGAACUAUAGUGUAGCAUUUAUACAAACCAGUUAUAUGUAU